AUGAUUUUGUAUUAUAUGUAUUGUUGUGGCAUUCUGGUUAAGGAAUAUGUUUGGAAACACAUAGCCGAGCCCUCAAAAAUGGAAAAGUGGUGUCGAACUACGAGUGAUGAUUCUAAAGGGUACAUGAACGUGCUUAACAUAACCAAAAUUGGCUACUGCAGAUGA